CGUGUCCAUACCGCUCUCAUCAAACGCUAAACUGUACUCUGAUUCGUUAUCAUUCACUUCAAUUACGAUGUAUCUUACUCUAUUGUAUAUUACUUUGUUGUACAACACUUACUACUACUUCUACUCCUACAACCCUACAACUACGUUUACGCAAUUGUAGAAUGGCCUUUAAUGUAAUUUUGAAUUUCACAGCACGAUCCUGAAAAACAGGCGUAGCACGGACACGCACAAAAUGGAGACUUUAUCGGCAGUGUCAGAGGAUGCGUGGCAAAAUAGUUCCAAAAGUAAAAAUGGACGUAAGGGCGCGCAAAACGGUCUCUUGAAACGGUAUCGGGUAAAACGCCCGGCGUGGCCGCUCUCAGGUAUCUCUCUGAUACCAGUCUCGAACAGUCCCGAAUACUCCCGAAUCACCCGAAUGUGCGAGUUUGGUGACCCUACGCGACGGAGCGUGCGUGCACGGGCGCUGAUCGCGAGCCAGAGAAGGGACAAUUUAUAACUGUUUCCUUCAACGUUUGUGCGUCGCCGCGUUUCCCAAAUGAGCACCGUCGAGUAUGGUUUUCCGAUGAUAGGCGGAUUAAUGCCGCAAAUACAGGCUCUCAUAGCACCACCGAUAUCGGACGACUCCAAGGCGGCGAAGGCGAAGAAGGAGAAGGAGGAGAAGAAGCAUCCGUACUUCAAGAGACGUGGUCGCGGUCACAACCGCGACUUUUGCGACGCUUGUAAAGAUGGUGGCGAGCUCAUAUGCUGCGACAAAUGUCCGGCCUCCUAUCACUUGCAGUGUCACUAUCCUCCCGUGGAUCCUACGGAUAUACCUAAUGGAGAGUGGUUGUGCUACGCCUGCCGUUGCGCCUCCAAGAGGGAGGAGCUUAUGGACGAGAAGGGCAACGAAAAGAAAAAGAGAUCCGCUCUGGAGCUGUUAACGCUUGCGGCUUCCCUGGUGAAUCCAAGGGAGUUUGAGUUGCCCAAGGAGUUGCAAUUGCCUAUAAUGUUUCCGGGUAGCAAUAAAGUGGAUUACGUCUCUGGCAGAAGAGGUAAACUGCUGAGCACGUUGUACAACAACGUCGGAAAAAGUCAUUGCUUGGAUAGCAACUUAAUGGUCCCGCUGCCAGCUCGUUUGUGCUACGAGUGCGGCCGUAGUUGCAGAAAAGCGCCGUUAAUCGCGUGUGACUAUUGCCCACUGUACUUUCAUCAGGACUGCCUGGACCCACCGCUGACCGCCUUUCCAAUCGGCAGAUGGAUGUGUCCCAAUCAUCCGAAUCACUUCAUAGACCAGAAUCUGUUGACCUCUUGUCGAGUGACGGAGCGCAUUAAACUCUGGGACAAGUACGCCAAUCAGCGAAUAGAUCAGCACGCAGUCAAGUUAGACUUCCUGCGCAAGGCGCGUGCUGUCAAUCCGCUAUUUCGAACGAAGGUGAGACUGGAGGGCCGGCCACGAGUGAAAGUUCCUUGCAGCAUCAAGUUCCAUUAUGAGAACCCGGUGCACAUAGAUCCGCUGCAUUCUUAUCAGGACAGUCUUAUACGGCCUGUAAGAAGUACUGCAGAUGAGAAGGUGCAACAGACAGACGUCGGGAAAGCAGAUAGCAAGGAUAAUUGUAUAGAAAGUGAGAAAACUGCCGAAGACACUGACGAUGUCAGAACGAAAAGAGAGACUGGUGAUGCUGUUAUGGAUGAGGGAAGUGAUCGGCAGAAAGUGUCGGGCGCAAGUGAGCCCACGAGUAAAGUGGGGAACGGCACUGCGACGGACAGUUCUAAGGAAUGUAACAAUCGCGAGGUUUAUGCGAGCAACUGCAGUUAUAGCGUUAAAGAGGGUGUCCAGUUGUUAGAAAGGCCAGUAUUGGAGGCAUUAGCGCAACAGAGACUAGAGGAGAUAUUAAAUCCACACGGGGAGAGUUAUGAAACAAUAAAUUGUCAUAGAAGAGCACGUGCCGCAUUAUUUUCUUUAAGCCCUAAGCCUAAUCCACCAGCAUUCAUGACUCGUAGAACCUUCGUUAUCGGCAACGGCCCGAACUGCGACUUAGUCUUGUCCAAUUACGGCAGCUGCGGAUUCACGUCCUCGAAACACGCAGUCAUAUUUUUCGACGAGGUGACCAAGCAUUACGAAUUACUUAAUUACAGCAAAUACGGAACGGUGGUGGACCACGUGCUGUAUUCUUGUGAUUGCACUCGUGUUUUAGAGGAGCAGAUAAAGGAGGAAAAGACUGAUAAAGCAACGUACGUCACUAGGGAGGAAGAGACUUCCGAUAUGAUAAAGGCUAUUCUGCACAAGGAGGGACCGACUUGCUUAGAGGAAUAUACGCGCGCGGAUGACAAGAUCGUGUGCAAAUGUAAUAUAAAACGUGACGCGAGAACUAAUGAGCAUCUGGAGGAGGGGUGGGAGGGAAGUGCAAUCGUCACACAUGGCUCGACCAUUACAUUCGGAUGUCUCACGUUUGUAUUUAAUACAUUGAAUACGUAUGUACAUAGAUAAAACUCGAUGUAAGACACUUCACGUUGUACAAAGGGAAAUUUUAUAUAGCAAUACAAAAUAAAUUAUCGGAGCGUUUCCUGGCGCUUGCAGUACUUUUCCGUUUUCUCUUUCAAUAACUUGUAUACUAUACACAUGUGCGUUUUACAAUCCGGAUAAAAGAUUUCAACAAAUAA